AUGGCUGACGAGGCAAACCGGCCUCUGCUAGAUGCGCAGUUCGGCUCCGGGAGAGCAUCCGACGAACAGCCCAGGCCAUCAUCUCAAUUAUCAACAGAGUCAUCGCAUGUUUUGCACCACUCUGAGGAUCAAUCGAAGGGUAAUACCAAGCAAAGAAUAUCCCGAUCUCAUUCAGGUGGGGCCGCGAUGUCGGAUGCGGCGAACCGGGCUCUGUUGGAUGAGCAGUCCGGCCCUAUUGAACAGCCCCUGGAGAGAACAUCCGCCAACCACCCUAGGCCAUCAUAUGAAUUGUCAUCAGAAUCAACACCUCUAUUAAACCGCCGUGAUGACUUGACAUACGGGACUGAGGAAGGAUUAUCGCGAUCUUCUUCAUUCGCAUCACAGAACCCGCCCGACGACGGUGCCAUCAAGAAGCGGAGCCGUGUACCGUGGCCGACGGUUAUAUCUCUCUCUAUUUUAACGCUCAGUAUUUUGGCGAUACUGGUACUUGCAUUUGCUGCUCCGGCGGCGGUCAAAGAAUAUGCACAAGAAGCCGCUGUCUUCAAACCGACGGCAGUAUCAAUUGAUUCUACAACACCCGACGGUGUUCGCGCCCGGAUUCGGGGCGACUUCGUGAUGGACUCGGGCCGCGUGAAAAACAAGUCGGUUCGAGGCAUUGGUCGAUUGGCAACAUGGAUUGCCAGGGAAGUUGAAACGGGCCCAUCGAAUGUUGAAGUUUAUCUCCCAGAAUAUGGGAAUGUGCUUGUUGGAAAUGCAGCAUUGCCUUCCAUCAAGGUGAACAUCCGUACCGGCCGCCAUACCAAUGUCGACUUCCUCGCUGAUCUAGAGGCUGGUGAUAUUCGAGGAAUCCACGCGAUAGCUAUUGAUUGGAUUGAGGGAAGAUUGGGUCGCCUCAAUGUGAAGGGCAAGGCGACAUUGCAACUCAAGUCAGGCUUGUUUGCUUUAGGAACUCAAGUUCUGACAGACAAUAUCAUCAUUGAAGAACAUGAUUUCCCUGCUCUGCCAACGAUCAAUAUUCUCAAGCUGAAUGUCCAUGAUGCAAAUAGUGGUGACAUGGCAGUUGAUGUCUUACUUUCGUCUUUGAUUGAUUCGCCCGUCGCUCUCACUGUUCCUGCCCUCGGCUUUGACAUUCUGGUGCCCAAUUGUUCACCCGGGGAUCCUUAUAUUUUGGUCGCCAAUGCGAAGACAAGUGCAGUAGACGUUUACCCUGGCCAGGAAACUGCAGUCGGUGUUGAUGGUCUCAUCCAACAGCUACCCGAUGAAUUGACCUCUACCUGCCCAGGUCGAGAGGGUUCACCUCUAGACUUUUUAGUUUCGAGCUUCAUGCAAGGUCUCGAAACGACUAUCUACGUCCGUGGAUCUGAUGCACCAUUGCCCAGCACACCAGCAUGGCUUGUCAAUCUACUGCGCAGCGUGACUGUGCCUCUUCCAUUUACGGGACAUGCGUUGGACAACCUCGUGAAGAACUUCACGAUGUCCGAUACACAUUUCUCCCUUCCUAACCCUUUCGCGGAGCCAGAUUCUCCAGAUUCGCAACCCACAGUGUCCGCUCUAGUGAAGGUUCUCAUUGCUUUGCCAGAGGAGAUGAAUUUCCAAGUAGAAGUCCCGCAAGUUCGUGCCCUUGCAGAUGUCUACUACAAGGAAGAGAAGUUUGGUGUGUUGAACAUCAGCCACUGGCAAGGCGCCAACUCCACAAUGGUGGAGGAUGAAGAUGGCUCUUCUGCACUCCUUGUGGAGUUUGCAAUCAAGGGAGCACCAUUACAAGUCACAGAUGACGACCUUUUGGCAGAGGUUAUCCAAGCAAUGCUUUUCGGUAGCAAAACAGUCGUACUGCGGGUUGCCGCCACCGUAGACGCCAAGGUCUCAACUGGGUUGGGCCGCUUCGCCGUGCGAGGGAUUCCUGCGGAAGGCAAGGUACCCGUGAAGACUUCCAUCGGCAACUCACUUGACCAAAUCAAUCCACGCGUCGUCUCAUUGCAAUUAGGAAAGACGACUGAAUCGUCGAUGUUGGUGUCUACGCAGGCGAACUUUACUAAUCCAACGAACUACUCGGCUACUGUUCCCUUCCUUGACCUUCUUAUACUCUACAAUGACACUGCUGUGGCCCACAUCACCGCUCAUAAUAUCUCUGUUGGGCCUGGCAACAACAGUUACGUGCCCAUCGACUUCUUUUGGUGCCCGUUGGACGCAGCUGGAGUAGAUGGCGUUGAGGCAGGACGGGCGUUGAUGUCAUCCUAUAUAUCAGGCUUGAAUACAACAAUCACCAUCAAAAGCCAUCGGAACACGAUUCCAUCUUUACCAGACCUGGGCGAAGCAUUAUCCAUCCUCAACAUCACUGUGCCUGUCCCUCAAAUAUCUGUUCCGGGGUCCCCAGAUAGCGAUGAUGGGGACCAAAAACCUCGUUUUAUCCAUGAUGCAACGUUCUACCUCUGGUCCUCCACAGCAGAAUUCAUCCUCUCCUCACCCCUAACAGAAAAUAAUAUUCUAAUCACCUCAAUCGACGCAACAGCUUUCUACGAGAAAAAGGAGCCAAUCGGUCGGAUAAAUAACCGUGAACCCUUUGAAGUGCCACCUGGUAUAUCCAGGAGUCCACGCUUGCCAGUCGAUCUUGACAUGGGCGGGGUUGGGUACGACGCACUGCGCAAGGCACUCGGUCAGUCGUUGGAGAUGGAUGCUGUCGCUAAGGUUGGGGUGCUGAUUGGGAACUAUGCGGAUGUCAUCCUCUACCAUGGGAAGGGCAUUGCAGCCAAAGUGAGGCUUUAG